GCGGAAGCGCCGGCGGAGGCGGCCGCCAUCUUGCGUAGGGAGCCUCCGGGCGCCCCGAAUCUCCCCAGCCUUCCCGGGGAGCCGCUUCCCUGACGGCCCAUUGCUCUCAGGAGAUGCCCCACCCCGAGGCUGCGUCCCCCAAGAGGCCGAGACCGGCCGCGCCCGGGGGCCCCGGGUUCGAUCCCCGCGUUCCCUCGGAGGCCGCCGCCCGCCGCGUGUCCUCCCGGGAGGACGGGGACUUCUACAGCACCAGCGCGGCCUUCAUCGGGCCCCUCCUCCGGCCCCCGGGGAGGACGGGGAGCGCGGGGAGCACGGCGGGGAGCACGGCGCCCUCGGGGGACGCCGGCGGGGGGCUGGACGCGGAGCUCCGCCAGUUCUACCGGGAGAUCGAGGAGCUGGAGCACCCCGGGGAGGACCGCCGGGGCGCCCCGGGGACCCCCGACCCCCUCCGUGCUCCCCACGGCCACGCGGACCCUCUCCGUGCUCCCCGGGGCCCUGGGAGCACCCGGACCCCGUGUCCCCGGCGCCCACGGCCACCGUACUGGACGGGGAGCACCAUCGCGGGAGCCGUCGGUGCUCCCCAGUGCUCCCCGACCCCCUCCGUGCUCCCCACGGCCACGCGGACCCUCUCCGUGCUCCCCCGGGGCCCUGGGAGCACCCGGACCCCGUGUCCACUGUGUCCCCGGCGCCCACGGCCACCGUACUGGACGGGGAGCACCAUCGCGGGAGCCGUCGGUGCUCCCCAGUGCUCCCCGACCCCCUCCGUGCUCCCCACGGCCACGCGGACCCUCUCCGUGCUCCCCGGGGCCCUGGGAGCACCCGGACCCCGUGUCCACUGUGUCCCCGGCGCCCACGGCCACCGUACUGGACGGGGAGCACCAUCGGGAGGACCGUCGGGGCGACCCUCUCCGUGCUCCCCCGGGUCCGGGGAGCACCAGGACCCCGGAUGCCAGAAGCUGCUGAUCCUCCUGCGAGGACUCCCCGGCUCGGGGAAGACCACGCUGUCCCGGGCCCUGCUCGGCCGCAGCCGCGGCGCCGGCGUCGUGUGCAGCGCCGACGACUACUUCCGGGACGGCGGCGGCUACAGGUACCGCGUGUCGCGCCUCGGCGACGCCCACGGCUGGAGCCAGAGCCGAGCCAGGCGGGCCAUGGCCGAGGGCCGGUCUCCGGUCAUCAUCGACAACACCAACACGCAGGCCUGGGAGAUGAGGCCCUACGUGGAGAUGGCCAUCGGGGAAGGCUACCGCGUGGAGUUCCAGGAACCCGAGACCUGGUGGAAGUUCGACCCCGAGGAGCUGGAGAAGAGGAACCAGCACGGCGUUUCCCGGAAGAAGAUCGCGCGGAUGCUGGCCCGCUACGACUUCCAGGUGUCCCUGUCCACGGUGAUGACCUCGGUGGCGCCCGACCGGCCCCUCCCCGCGCGCCCGGGCCCGAGGUGGGGGCCCCCGCGCCCCGGGGCCGCAUGUCCAGGCGCGGGGGACCCGCCGGGGGACCAGGGGGACCGUCCCGGCGCGGGGGACCUGGUGACCCUCCGUCCCGGCGCGGGGGACCUGGUGACCCUCCGUCCCGGCGCGGGGGACCUGGUGACCCUCCGUCCCGGCGCGGGAGACCUGGUGACCGUGGUGACUGGCCCCGCUGACCGGACCCGUCGGUGA